CCCUAUCACCUCACUUCAGUGGAUCACUGAUGAAUCUAAUCUGCAGUCAUUCGCAAGUCUUUCUCAAGAAAAUGUGAUCAUCACUGCCGACAUUUAUUACAACGAGAGCUUACUGAGCUUGCCGAAUGGCGAACAGCUGCAAACUGCUCUGGUGUUUCUUCCAAUCCAAACGACACGUUCGAAGUUUUGCUACAACUUGCCAAAUUGAUUUAACGCAACUGAAGGAUCACAAAAUUAUCUUCUUCGAGCAAUGUUUCCCAGCCAAAAUUUGACUGUGAAUGGAACUGCAUUAUCGGGAUACACCACUCGGUUCUACCUUACUGUCGACUCCACCUACAUCACCACAAUCGAGCUACUGCCUUCUAUACCGCAGACAAUCGAGCUGGUCGUCUCUUCAUUAGAUGACAAAUUUUACGUUUGUCUCGUGCCCUUGGAAGACAAGUCCUCAAUGCCAGCUAUCUCAACUCUGGAGUUGCGUCCGUACUAUCCAGAUACCUAUGGCAGAUCUGGUCAGUCGAAAGACAAGCAACAGUCGAGCUAUCUCAUGCUGGUUGAUCGUUUCGACUUUGGAGGAAUACUUGAUUUUGAGUCGCCUCCUCUCAGGUAUCCUGCAGACCCUUUCGAUCGUAUAUGGUCAUCCCCACGAAUACCCGAAGGAGCGCAGUUUGAGGCUUACAACAGAACCGAAGAUGCAAACCUUGGGUUUGGCGGAACCAAUAUUCGCUUCCCUAUUGCAGUUAUGAGAUCAAUAUGGAGGGGAAAAAAUUUGUCGUCUACCAUGAACUUUGAGGUUAAUGUGAAGAGCGCUAGAGCCCUCCGUCCACUACCAACAUUCUGGUUCCAGAUGUUAUGUUCAAACGUAGUUUUUGGAGAUGUGAAUCCUCAUCAAUCCGUCAGACUAAUCGACGGUGAUGGAGCUUGGGUCUGGGGUGCGUUUGAGGUACCUGGUUCUCCCGGUUUUAUCCAGCCGAGAUUCAUGGUGAGUUUGCAGCGGUGGCAGUGAGAACUUCAAAUCUUGAUGUGAAUGCAGUCAGGAAGGUUUAUAUUGAGACCGCAUUAAGUUCUGUAGACACAGCUGGCGAUCCAUGCUUGCCAGUUCCUUGGGAUUGGCUAGUUUGUAGCAUCGAGUUGCCCCCUACAAUAACCCAAAU